AUGGACGAUGAAAAAUAUUUUACUUUGUCCAACUCUGAGAUGAAGGGUAACGAUGGGUUUUACACGAACGAUUACGAAAAUGUACCUGAUGAAAUAAAAUUCAAAAGUAAGAAAAAAUUUGAGGACAAAAUUUUGGUAUGGUGUGCAAUUUCUGAGGCUGGCUUUAUCUCACAGCCCUACAUUGGUGUUGUUCGAGGCGAAGACUUAAACGCAAAUAUUUAUAUUCAAAGAUGUCUCUCUAAAUUUCUUCAGUUUGUGAACACACAUCAUGCAAAUGAUCAAAUAGUCUUUUGGCCAGAUCUUGCUUCAUGUCAUUACGCGAGGAUCACAAGGGACUGGUACGAAACUAACAACAUUACCUUUGUGCCGAAAGAAGACAAUCCCCCCAACCUACCUCAGGCUCGUCCAAUUGAAGAGUUCUGGGCAAUAUUAAGUCGGAAAGUCUAUAAUAACGGAUGGGAAGCACAAAAUCAGGAACAGUUAAGACGCCGCAUAUAUACAAAAAUUAGAGAAUUUGACGCCGAGGUCGUCCAAAGGAUGAUGCAACGUGUCAGGGGAAUUAUUAGGCAAAUCGAAAAUAAUGGUCCCUUGUCUGUCAUUUGA